CUGAGCAUGGAAACUUGCUGUGGGAUAGGAAGCUCACGCUGCAAGCUUUCUGGCACAGGUUGUUGCUAAGAGACGUCCAUUCUGUAAUGCACCAACCUUCUUUUCUCUGCUUUAGCAAUCUGCAGGAUCAGAUUACAAGAUCACGCAUUUUACGGAUGAGAUGUUAGUGAUCCGGCGCAGAAGCUGGGAAAGUGAAACCAAACGAGAAAAGGAAAAGGAAAAGACUAUAGUGAGUGGCAGAGGAGACCUGGGCGAGAUCCCAAACUCGAUUUCUUCUUGGCAGCAAAGCAGUUGUAAAGUGCCUGAGCGGAUUAGAACCCUGUUCAGAACUGUGCAGAGUUGGAUUGAUCAUGGCUGUGAGAGCACUGAUGAACGCAAAUAACUUGUUCCUUUCCGCUAUGAACAAGUCCUUGCUUAUCAAAUUGUCUACACAGAUAGUAUUCAGAAGAGCAUCAUGUAGGUCUUUUUGCCUUAACCUAAAGAGGUCCAGUGAUGUAUCCUCAGACAAAGAAAACAACACUUUAGUCAACAGUCUGGAAGGUAUGGGUGUGGAUAUCAAAAUGGUGAGACAAAGACAGCCCGGUGUUCUGAGGAAGCAGAUUACAAAUGAAGAAGGCCUGAAACAUUUUUUGGAAGCCAAAGGAGCUAACGAAGAAACUGUUGCCGGUAUUAUCUCACGGUACCCACGUGCCAUUACACGCUCACACCAGUCUCUCAAAGAACGCUGGGAAAUUUGGCGAAGUAUUUUGACGAGUGAUCUGGAAAUUUUAACAAUCCUGAAACGUUCCCCGGAAUCCUUUUUCCGUUCUGGAAAUAAUGAAAACAUGCAGAAAAACAUUAUAUAUUUUUGUUCUCUUGGGCUAACACCCGAGGAUCUUUGCAAGUUGCUUACCAGAACUCCGAGAGUAUUUUCUAACACUGUGGAGCUCAAUAAGCAAAUGGUAGAGCUCUUGUGUGAAAUCUAUUCAUCUCUAGGAGGUGAGAAUCAAGAAGGCUUCAUUAAUCACUUGAUUUCAAAAAAUGUUUUCAUUUUUUUACGGAGCAGCAAGCAAGUGAAAGCUAAUGUUAAUUUUCUGCAGUCAUCUUUUAAUCUGGAUGAUAAAGAAUUACUGACAUUGCUUCAUGGUCAAGGAGGUGACGUUCUAGAUCUUUCUAAUGAAUACCUUAAAAAAACUUUUGUAAAUGUGAAAGAUAAACUGUUAUCUCAUGGGUGCACUGAAAAUGAAGCGACUAUGUUUGUGCUGAAGCACCUUCGCAUUCUGUACCUUUCUCCCCAGAACCUGAAUGAUAAAAUAGAUUUGCUCUUACAGGCAAAUAUUGACAUCCAUCAAAUAGUGAAAUGUCCUCUAGUUCUAGACAAAAGUGUCAGCACUAUAAGUCAUCGAAUUGAGGAGCUGGAGAAACUAGAUUAUAAUUUUACAAUCCAUGGAAUUGGAAUUCUUGCACUGAGUAAACAACGAUAUGAAUUUAGACUGGAAAAGUUACGUUGUACAUAAUGACUGGCUCACAAAAUGCACCUUUAGUAACAGAAAAGGACUCAAAUAUUUGGAAAGGAAGGACAAAUAACCCUUCCAAAUACUUUAAAAAAUCUUGGUACAUUUUUGGAAGUAAUUCAUUAUGGCUUGUCUAAAUAAAAAAUUAUACGUUUCCAAGCUUUGUUUAUUUAAAAGUGGAAUACAAAUAAAUUUCUAAACAUUGUUUCUUUAAAAGUGGUGUACACGUCCUUUCUCUGACUAGCUAGGUUUCUAUGUGUGGGAUUUUUCUGUGAUUUUUUUGCCAUCAAGUCACAGGUGUCUUAUGGUGACCCCUCUAGAAUUUCCAGGGCAAGAGAUGUUCCAGAGAACUCUAACCCUGGUUGGGAUUCCUUGGAGAUCUUCCAUCCAAAUAUUUGCCAGGAUCAAGGCUGAGAGUAUGUGACUGUCUAAGGUCACUCCAGCAUGGCAGGAGUGGGGUUUUGAACCUGGGUUUCCCAGGUCCCAGUCUGGCAACUUAACCACUACACCAUGCUGGCUUUCUAGGUAAACAUCAGUCAUAUCCUAAACAGAUCUUUCUAAACCUACUGAAGUCAGUGGGCUUAGGACAGUGUUCUUAUGAUUACGCCUGCAACGUGUUAACAGGCAGACUGUCAUAAUGCAAUCUAAAAAAAAAAUUACUUGAAUUUUUUUAACAUUAUGUAUUAUGUUUAGUCCUCACCUCAGUGGUCCAGGCUAGCCUGAUUUUGUCAGAUCUCAGAAGCUAAAUUGGGUUAGCCCUGGUUAGUACUUGGAUGGGAGACCACCAAGGAAUACCUGGUUCAUUAUGCAAAGGCAGGCAAUGGCAAAUAUCUACAAUUAAUAGCCUCCUUGUGCAAACAGAAGAAGUGGGACUAACAGUUGACAACAACCCCAUUAGUCCAUCCAACAGGCCUUUAAUGAAGAAUUCUUCCCUGGUCCUUGAAGCACAGAAAGAAAGUCCAGCAAAGAUGCAACACCCUACAGAAGUUUCCCACUCUGGGGAUAAAGACACGUUGACCACUGAGGAUUUAACGGUUGAUCCCCUCCUGCCUCUCCCCAGAAAAGACUCGAUUCAACACUCCAAGAGUCAUACCAGAGCAAACUCAGCUAUGAAUGGGAAGUUGAUAUAAGAUCCAACAAUUUUCUUCAAAGGGAUUCAGCCAUGGAAAGUAAUGGCAAAUCUUGGGCCCAGGAAUUGUCUGAAGUGAAUCGAUCUAAUCUCACAGUGCUGGGUACACGUCUGAGCCUGCCAUAAACUACGUCACCGAAUGGCGACCAAGAGAGUUGAACUCUUGAAACAGAAGAAAUUGACGCAGAAAAAGAUGUACUUACCUCAUGCAAGAACCUGCCACCAACAGAGCAGGAAGUAUUGAAAGAAUGGAAAUCAUUAGGACAAUUAAAAAGACACAGUGGAAAAGAGAUCUCUUCACAAAGAAAGUUAUUUAAUUAAAAUAAAAGUCCAAAAGUUGCAGCUUUACAUUCAACCCACUCAUAUCCCAGUAUUUUUUGUUAAGAACCUAUUUGCCUGAAUGCCAGAUUUUAAAUUGUUAGCUUUUAAAUGUUAGCUUAGAUGUUAAAGAAGACUUUAAAACAAAGGUGAUAUAUAGUGAUAAUUGCUCUCAAGUGAAAAAGACGCUAAUUGGCAACUAUAAAGGGCAAAGCCCUCUUGUGGUUAAGUUUUCCACAAGAUAAAAGGAUGGAAAUCUUAAGGGAAUAAUUCAUGUUACAAUUUAUUGCUACUAAUUACUUGUAGUCAUGAAGUGUGCACCAUGCUGUAAAAACAGUGAGGAAUAAUGCAUGUUGGCCUUUAAAUGGUAAAAAUAAUCCAUUGGGCUUACUAAGAUCCCCUUUGAUUGUAAAUUCUAAGCAAUUAUGUUACCUGUGGCUAAUUUGAACUCAUAUUCUUGUAGAAACUUGACUUUGUCUGAAAUCAGAUGCAUCAGAGAAAUCACAGAGCUAAUCUUGCAUACCCUCCUCCACUGGAGUCCUUAGAGAUGUUUCCAUGCUGCUAUGCCUCAGAAACAAACGCACUGAUUUCCUGCUUCUCAAAUAAACUGUUUGCUUAU